AUGGGGAAAAGCAGUCUGCAUGUGUAUGGCACCCUAGCAGGCCAUGCGCGGCGUCUCCUCUGCGGCGGCAACCAGGACUUCGUUUACGGAUCGCAUCCAUCCCUGGGGCCGGUCUUCGUGGCAGAUACGCUGCCCUUCGACCAGAGGGCAGCGAACAUGCUUCCUGGCAUGCGGCCCUUGGUGAAUCAGGAAUUGCCGUUGGGGUUCUGCCGCUACAGGAUGCAAGGCUUCCUGAAGAACUGUGCCUCUCUGUCUGAGUAUCGCAGUUUGUGUGCAGCCUUGGACAGAAUUACGACGUUCGCCCAGUCAGACAUCAAUUAA